AUGCCCAUCUGGAUAUUAUUUAUAUAGUGGAAAAUGGGUCGUAUAGCUUGUGAUGCUGAUAACAGUUGCACAUAAUGUGUCUCCCAAGGAUAUGCUGAUGAUUAAACUAAUAAGAAAUGUGUUGCUUGCUCUACAAUUACAGGAUGUACUUCGUGCUCCUACAGUGGAACCUAGUUAAAUUUUUCAGCCUGUGCAGAUACUUAUUUUCGGAACACUAACAAUAACAUUACAUCCUGUUCAUUGUGCAGCUCAGUAGCUGGUAAGAACUAUUUAAGAUGUGUUUCUACAACAAGUCCAACUCAAUCUUAUGAUAAUUACUAUUUGAAUGGAUCAAGUUGUCUUGCUAAACCAAUAAUGGUUCUUCAGGUUGCACAUCUUGUGUUACUGGAUACAUUAUUGUUGUUAAUUCAUGUUAAUUAUGUACAUCAACAAUGCUCAAUGUGUAAAAUGUCAAAUCAUCGCCAACACUGGAACAAGUUAAUCUGUUUCUCUAUAAUGUGCUGCUGCAUAACUGGAUAUUAUUUGACCAUCAUUGGAUGUACAGCCUGUCCAAAUGUCAAAGGAUGUGAAGUUUGUAAUUCUGCUGGAUGUUAAACCUGUUCCUCUGGUUACUAUCCAACUGCAGUUACAACUGAUUCCAAUAAUUCCACUGGUACAACAACCUCCAAUAACACUGUCACUUGUAACAAUUGUCUCAGCAACUGCUCUAUUUGCUAAUAAGCUAAUGUAAUACAAUUUACUUAUUUUUAGUCUUGUACCAAAUGUGCUGAUGGUUACUUCCUUGUUACUACCACUUCCUCUGGAACUACAUCAGUCACUACCAGUAGUUGCUUUGCAUGUCAACCAGAAUGUCAAACUUGUGUCGCUCCAGGCACUACUUGUACAUCCUGCAUAGCCGAGUAUGUGUUCUAGAAUGGAGGUUGCGUCACCUUAACAUAAACUAAUUGUUACUCUGUUGGAACCAAUGUUUGUGCAAUUUGUAAAUAUGGCUACUAUUUAAAUAAUGGAGUUUGCUACUAAUGUCUCAACCCAUAAGCAAAUGUAUUAAUUAUUUUUAUAAUCUUAGUUUCUAUGUACAAAUCCAGUAGACAACCUUUUAACAUCAGCAACAACAACACAAAAAUAAUGA